AAAAGAGGCCUGGCCCACAAACCAGGUAUGGCCCUUUGUUUAUCUUCCCGUGCCACGUCGCCACUGCGCCACACCAUAAAACCCCAUUGCCCUCUCCACUCCGCUCCCCUCCAAGCCUCCAACUACUCCAGUCCACACCCGCACCACCGCGGCAGCCAUGGACGACUCCCACGACCUGGCCUCCCCGACCUCCCCUGACACGGCGUCCUCGUCGUCUUCGUCUACGUCGACAUCAUCGUCCUCCGCCACCGUCGCCCCGAAGAAGCGGCCGCGCAACGACGGCCGGCACCCGACGUACCGCGGCGUGCGCAUGCGGAGCUGGGGGAAGUGGGUGUCCGAGAUCAGGGAGCCCCGCAAGAAGUCGCGCAUCUGGCUGGGCACGUUCGCCACCGCGGAGAUGGCCGCGCGCGCGCACGACGUGGCCGCGCUCGCCAUCAAGGGCCGCACCGCGCACCUCAACUUCCCGGACCUCGCGCACCUGCUCCCGCGCCCGGCCACCGCGGCGCCCAAGGACGUGCAGGCGGCGGCGCUGCUCGCCGCCGCCGCAGCCGACUUCCCCUCCGUCUCCGUCGACGCCAAUGCCAAGAGCCCCGACACCUGCUCCGUCGCCAGCGCCGCCUCGCCGCAGCCGCCACCGCCGGACGCCGAAGCGGACCCUGACAGCACGCUGUUCGACCUCCCGGACCUGCUCCUGGACCUGAGAUACGAGACGUCCUCGAGCCUCUCGUGCGGGGCGUCGUGGGCCGUCGAUGACGACGUGGCCGGCGGCGUCGUGUUCCGCCUCGAGGAGCCCAUGCUGUGGGAUUACUGAUCAAUGUGGCUGCUCAUGGGAGCCAGUCAUGCUUCCGUGUAUUAGAUCGAUCAGUGGCUUGUACAUGGCGGUGCUUCUUUUCUUCUUCUUUACUCUGCUUCUGCUCUGUUCUCUUUCUUCUUUUCUCCCUUUGUAUUUUGUUUUUUUUCCUUCCAUUUUUUCUUCUUUUCUUUGCCAAAUCUAGCAUGCGAGGUUGUAUAAAGUCAGUUCCUUUUCCUCGCCUUGCUUGAUUUGGGGGACAAGAAUAUGUAUAAUUAACAAGCAUCUUAUCUUCGACUAUCCCUUUUCUA